GGCGGGGCUUAUAGGGGGGAGGCGCGCGUGGGGAGGCCGCGACUCCACCAUGGCCGCCUACUCGGCCCGCGUGGGGCCCUCCAUCCUCAACAGCGACCUCGGCUGCCUGGCGGCCGAAUGCCGGCGCAUGCUCGAGUGCGGCGCCGACUACCUGCACCUGGACGUCAUGGACGGCCAUUUCGUGCCCAACCUGACGUUUGGCCACCCUGUGGUGGAGAGUCUACGCAAGUCGCUGGGAACAGAGCCCUUCUUUGACAUGCACAUGAUGGUGGCCCGGCCAGAGCAGUGGGUAAAGCCCAUGGCCGCAGCAGGAGCAAGCCAGUACACCUUCCACUUGGAGGCCAUCCAGGGCCCUGGGCCACUCAUCAAGGUCAUCCGUGACAAUGGCAUGAAGGCGGGUCUGGCCAUCAAGCCAGGCACCACUGUGCAGCAGCUGGCACCCUGGGCUUCCCAGGUGGAUAUGGUGCUGGUGAUGACUGUGGAGCCUGGCUUCGGAGGGCAGUCGUUCAUGGAAGACAUGAUGCCCAAGGUGCAGUGGCUUCGCUCCCAGUUCCCGUCUCUUGACAUCGAGGUGGAUGGUGGCGUGGGGCCCGACACAAUCCACAAGUGUGCAGAGGCUGGAGCAAACAUGAUUGUGUCGGGCAGUGCGAUCAUGAAGAGCGACGACCCGCGCUCCGUCAUCAGGAACCUGAGGGACGUGGUGAACGAGGCCAUCGUGAAGCACAUGCUCGACCGAUGAGCGGCAAGUCGCGCGAUGACCCGGGCCAUGCGCCGGGCUUCCUCUUGAGCUGCCAAACGCGAUUUAUCGAGUCAUUCCUAAUUGAUACGUGAAAAGAAAUUGACUUUAGUUCUUAAAUUUAAUCGAACUGAAUUUGCAAAUGUACAUUCCCUUCGGCUUGGAGCAAAGUGGCAGAUAAUGUAGAAAUAUAAAAGUAUUAAAUAUUGAUUUUCGGGAUUGAUGUGACGCAAACUUGACUAAAGGAAUUUGAAGCUG